UCCCCUUUUUCACACUUGGUACGGGAAGAGUAGACGAAAAAAAAAAGAAGAGCUAAUUAAACUAUACUAAUGGGAAAAUUUGAAAAGAUGAUAUUUUGGUACAUACUAUUACUUUUUCCCUCCAUAGUAUUAGGCAAGUGUACUUGUGAUCCGGAUAACGAUGAUGAAGAAAAAAGUAAAACCAAGACAGUACUUUACUAUAAAGUGGGAGCCAUCGCUUCCAUUUUGGCAGCGAGUGCAAUUGGGGUGUGUAUUCCAGUAUUUGGAAAAGCAAUACCGGCCUUGAGCCCAGAGAGGAAUUUCUUCUUUAUAAUCAAAGCUUUCGCGGCUGGUGUGAUCCUAUCAACGGGGUUUAUACACGUACUCCCUGAUGCAUUUGAUAAAUUAGCAUCACCAUAUUUGAAAGUGCCGCCGUGGAAAGAUUUUCCUUUCAGUGGAUUUAUUGCAAUGGUUUCAGCAAUAGCGACUCUGAUGGUGGAUACUUAUGCAACUUCGUAUUACAAUAAGAAAAAAUUGAAAAGUGGAGUGGUGGUUCAGUCCGGAGAUGAANAGUAG